AUGUCAAAAGAUAGGCGUGUUGCCAUCAUUGGAGCCGGCCCAGCAGGUGCAAUUACAACAGAUGCGUUCUUCAAAGAACAAGCCUUUGGCACAAUUCGAGUAUUUGAACGCCAGAGCCGCAUUGGUGGCACAUGGGUGCACAAUGUUACCCCAGACUCUGGGAUCCCAUCAUUACAAAAUCUACUUCAAAGGAAAGCCGACAAGACCAUUGAUGUCCCGACCAGCUACCCAUGUUCUACUCCAAUGACAGAGCAUGUCAAUUCUUUCAAAGAGCGCUUCUCGGAUACAGGGUCCCAUGAAAAUCUCCAUAGUAACUUACCACCCGAGAUUAUGUGCUUCACACAAGAGCCAAUUGCUCAAGAGCUCUCGAAUCAGACUUUGAAAGUACAUGGUCCUGAUUCCCCCUUUCGCCACAGGGAAGUGGUGAAUAAAUGGGUUGAAGAUAUAUUCGAAAGAGGAAAUUAUCGGCAGCUUGUUGAACUGGAGACUACUGUCGAGCUUUCAGAAAAACAUGGAGACGAAUGGACUCUAACGCUGCGAAAGCCUGACCCAGCUAAUAACAAGAACUAUUGGUGGCAGGAAAGCUUCGAUGCUCUGGUUGUUGCCACGGGACAUUAUUAUGUGCCCUUUAUCCCGGAUAUACCUGGUAUUUUGGAGUAUAACAGGAGAUUUCCCGGCCGAAUUCAGCAUAGCAAGCACUAUUCAGGCCCCGAAGCCUUUAAAAACAAGCGAGUCAUAGUUGUAGGUGGAUCAGUUUCUGCCUUCGACUCGCUCCAUGAUAUUCGACGACUCGCAAAGUCCCCGGUGAUUUCUUCACUCCGCAAGCCAUCAUAUCUCUUCGGUGAAGCGCCUUUCACACACCCUGACAUCGAGAACCGAGGCCAGAUUUCUGCCUUCGAUGCUGAAAAUGAUGUUAUCAAGUUCACUGGCGGUACAUCGACUGAUGGCGUUGAUGCCAUCCUUUUUGCAACCGGUUACGACUUCAGCUUUCCUUUUCUUCCGACCCUCGGGGCAGUACAAAAGAGGGUUCCUGGCCUGUAUGAGCAUGUGUUUAAAAUCGAUGAUCCAAGUUUAGCAUUCAUCGGCAUGGUCACUGGUGGGUUUGGGAUCCGAAUUUUUGAAUGGCAGGCAGUUGCUGCAGCUCGUGUUCUUUCCGGUCAUGCAAGUCUGCCUAGUCAACAGGAAAUGAAGAGAUGGGAGGAAGACAGACUGGACGAACGUGGAGAGGGAGUUCCGUUUUGGACACUCAUGCCAGAUUUCGAAAGGUAUUUCGAACAACUGAGAUCUAUUGCAGGGAAUCCUGCUCGAGGCACAACGGGACGUGUACUCCCAGAGUACCAAGCGCAGUGGGCGGAAAGCUUUUGGCGGCUCAUCCGAUAUCGUGUCGAGUGGUGGCAACGCGAAGCUAACAGGGCAGCCUCUAAACAAUCGCAACUAUAG